GCCCACCCCUGAGCCCCUUACAGCGAUGACCUGGGGCCUCUGGCUCCCCACACUGGCCCAGAGGUGAUGAGUGAGGUCGGAAGAUCUGAAGAUUUAAAAAGCAACGGGAGCCUACGUAUUGAAUGAAAGACCCAGUGCGAAGGCAUCACCAUGAACACGAGCAUUCCUUAUCAACAGAAUCCUUACAAUCCCCGAGGCAGCUCCAAUGUCAUCCAGUGCUACCGAUGCGGAGACACCUGCAAAGGGGAGGUGGUUCGUGUCCACAAUAACCACUUCCACAUCAGAUGCUUCACCUGUCAAGUGUGUGGCUGUGGCCUGGCCCAGUCGGGCUUCUUCUUCAAGAACCAGGAAUACAUCUGCACGCAGGAUUACCAGCAGCUUUAUGGCACCCGCUGUGACAGCUGCCGGGACUUCAUCACGGGCGAGGUCAUCUCUGCACUGGGGCGCACCUACCACCCCAAGUGCUUUGUGUGCAGCUUGUGCAGGAAGCCUUUCCCCAUUGGAGACAAGGUGACCUUCAGUGGAAAGGAAUGCUUGUGUCAGACGUGCUCCCAGUCCAUGUCCAGCAGUAAACCCAUCAAGAUCCGUGGACCGAGCCACUGUGCCGGGUGCAAGGAGGAGAUCAAGCACGGCCAGUCGCUCCUGGCGCUGGACAAGCAGUGGCACGUCAGCUGCUUCAAAUGCCAGACCUGCAGCGUCAUCCUCACUGGGGAAUACAUCAGCAAGGACGGCGUUCCAUACUGUGAGUCUGACUACCACUCCCAGUUUGGCAUUAAAUGUGAGACUUGUGACCGGUACAUCAGCGGCAGGGUCUUAGAGGCAGGAGGGAAGCACUACCACCCAACCUGUGCCAGAUGUGUACGCUGCCACCAGAUGUUCACUGAAGGGGAGGAGAUGUACCUCACAGGUUCUGAGGUUUGGCACCCCAUCUGCAAACAGGCAGCCCGGGCAGAGAAGAAGUUAAAGCACAGGCGGACGUCUGAAACUUCCAUCUCACCCCCUGGCUCUAGCAUCGGGUCACCCAACCGAGUCAUCUGCGCUAAAGUGGAUAAUGAGAUCCUUAAUUACAAAGACCUGGCAGCUCUCCCCAAGGUUAAGUCCAUCUACGAGGUACAACGCCCCGACCUCAUUUCCUAUGAGCCUCAUUCCCGAUACACGUCUGACGAGAUGCUGGAGAGAUGUGGCUAUGGAGAGUCGCUGGGAACCUUAUCUCCCUACUCCCAGGACAUCUAUGAGAACCUGGACCUCCGGCAGAGACGGGCCUCCAGCCCAGGAUACAUCGACUCCCCCACCUACGGCCGGCAGGGCAUGUCCCCCACCUUCUCCCGCUCUCCUCACCACUACUACCGGUCUGCUGGAGAAAGUAACAUCUACCGGAAACCCCCGAUCUACAAACGGCAUGGUGAUUUGUCGACGGCAACUAAGAGCAAAACAAGUGAAGACAUCAGCCAGGCCUCCAAGUACAGUCCAGCCUACUCGCCAGACCCCUACUAUGCUGCGGAGUCUGAGUACUGGACCUACCAUGGGUCCCCCAAAGUGCCCCGAGCCAGAAGGUUCUCAUCUGGAGGAGAGGAGGACGAUUUUGACCGCAGCAUGCACAAGCUCCAGAGCGGAAUUGGCCGGCUAAUUCUGAAGGAAGAGAUGAAGGCCCGGUCUAGCUCCUACGCGGAUCCCUGGACCCCGCCCCGGAGCUCCACCAGCAGCCGGGAGGCCCUGCACACAGCUGGCUACGAGAUGUCCCUCGACGGCUCCCCUCGGUCCCACUACCUGGCUGAUAGCGAUCCCCUCCUCUCCAAAUCUGCCUCCCUGCCUGCCUACAGAAGAAAUGGGCUGCACAGGACACCCAGCGCUGACCUGUUCCACUAUGACAGCAUGAACGCCGUCAACUGGGGCAUGCGAGAGUACAAGAUCUACCCUUAUGAACUGCUGCUGGUGACCACAAGAGGAAGAAACCGACUGCCCAAGGAUGUGGACCGGACACGUCUAGAGCGCCACCUGUCCCAGGAAGAGUUCUACCAAGUCUUCGGUAUGACCAUCUCUGAGUUUGACCGGCUGGCCCUCUGGAAGAGGAAUGAACUAAAGAAGCAAGCCCGGCUGUUCUAGGCAGAGGCUCUAU